AUGUCUCGCACUCCGCUCUCUACGCUUCCGGUCGCUCUGCCGUGGAACGAUCUCCGAUUCACCCUCGCUUCAUUCUCUUACUCUCUCUGUUCCGCUCCAUCCGUCUCUCUCUAUCACCCCCUCCUGCCCAAUCGCGUGGCCUCGCGCCAACCAGCGGGCGGUUCGAGCUCGUCACCGGCGACGCCGUCCACAUCGGGUAAGGCGAAGACCCGCUCUAGAAGCAAGUCGCCGUUCAGGAGCUUCCGUUGGCGCACCGCGAAGAAACUUCUCGCCGGAUCGCACCACAGCGACGACGAAGAAGGUGCAAGCCCCGCCGGCGAAGACGAGGGCUUCGAGGGUACCCUGAUGCGGAAACACGAGUGGGAGUCUGGCACCAAGCGCGCUUCUAACAGGUCGUGGGACAAGGUGUACGCGGUGGCGAAGGACGGGCGCAUGAGCUUCUACAAGGACCAGAAGACGUUCAAGGCGGCGCCCGAGCAGCUGUGGCGCGGCGAGCCCCCGCUCGACCUCAACGGCGCCGUCGUCGAGGUGGCCGCCAACUACACCAAGAAGAAGCACGUCUUCCGGCUCAGGCUCGGCAGCGGCGCGGAGUUCCUGCUGCAGGCGCACGACGAGGCGGAGAUGGGCGCGUGGCUGGCGGCGCUGGCGGCGCGGCUGGCCGCCCCCGCGGCGCGCUCGCACACGCUGCCCGCGCCCGCCAACGCCGAGCCCAAGCGGCGCUCCUUCUUCACGCUCAAGAAGAAC